AUGAAGACGUACAAAUCGAAAGACCCUGACAUCGACAUCCCGACUGACCUCAACCUUACGGAACUGCUCCUUAGUAGUGCUCGCUCACCAGCACUGCCAGCUGACCACGUCAUCGCUCAAGACGAUGCCGAGAACCGCACUCUCACCAUUAGCCAGCUUCGUUCGAAUGCCGGCUGCCUCGCAGCAGGUCUGGCACAGCGAUACAGACCAGAAGACGAGAGCCGCUGGGGGAUCCUCCUGCCGAACAGCGUCGCCUACCUGGAAGCGGUCCAUGCUGUCUUAUGGUUAGGCGGCGUGUUCUGUCCGAUAAAUCAUCAGUUGAAGGUGGGAGAGAUAGCACAUGCGCUCACGGUCUCGAAGCCUGCAUUCCUUAUUGUAUACUCUGAAGUCGUCCAGCAGGUAAUGGACGCUGUCAAAUUGGCCUGCCAAGGCUGCCCGAGCUUCAAACCCCCGGAAUUGUUGACCGCCAUCGGACCUCCCGUCGAAGGUUUCCGAAGCCUAUGUGCAGAUUUCAUGGCCUCUAAGCCGUUGCCGGUACCUCACCAUACAGACACCAGAAAGAGACUCGCAUCAAUCCACCUCUCAUCGGGAACAACUGGAAACCCAAAAGGGGUGGGUCUCUCGCAAUACAAUUAUGUUGCGAAUGUGUUGCAGAUGUGGGCGCAUGAUCCGGAGCACUGGUCUCCGGAAGAGAGAGUCGUGUCCUACACGCCGUUUGUGCACAUCGCGAACACGACAAUACCGCUCUUCCUCGGACCGUGGACUGGUAUGGAGCACAUCAUCAUGGCAUCAUAUGAUAUUGAGGCGUUGGCGAACACCAUUCAACGGACGAAGGCCACAGCGGCACAGAUGACCCCGAACGGUGCCUUGACUAUCGCAACGACAGAUUUGACUGAACGAUACGACUUCUCGAGUAUCAGGCACAUGACCUGCGGAGCUUUCCCCUUGAAGCAGGACGAUUACGACAGAUUUCUGCGGAAAGGCAAUUGGAAGACAGUAACCUUGUACGGGAUGACGGAAGCUGCCCCAUACGUCGCAUGGCAGAAAAUUGGAGAGGCGAUGCCGCUGGGCAAGAGCGGAACGAUUCUGCCAAACAUUCUCUGCUCGCUGAGGCUAGAGAAUGGUGACGAUGCUCCAGAGGGCGGGCCGGGAGAGCUAUGGCUCAAAGGGCCCAACAUGGCGGCUGGUUACGUCGACAAUCCGGAAGCGAACCGAGCUGCUUACGACGAAGCUGGAUGGUACAACACUGGCGACGUGUGUACUAUUUCCCCGGAGGGUCAUCUCCAGGUUGUGGGAAGGACAAAGGAGCUAAUCAAAUACAAUGGCUUCCAGGUUUCGCCCACCGAACUCGAAGCCCACCUCAUCUCUCAUCCGGCGAUUCUGGACGCUGCGGUCGGAGGGACCUGGGACUCGGCGACGAUGACCGAAUUGCCCACCGCCUACGUCGUGCUCAAAGCGCAUCUGAAGGACCGCGGCCAAAGGGUCCAGGCACUGCAAGACAUCCAGAGGACCAUUAGUAGUCAAGUGUCGGGAUACAAGAAGCUGCGUGGAGGCGUAUUUGAGGUUACUGCACUUCCUCGCACGCCGACCUUGAAGUUCGUCAGGAAGCAGCUCGGGAUCCACAAGACGGGAUUGUCAUCUUCUGAUGGCGGGGAGAGGUCGUCUAAAUUGUAG